CUCGGAGGUUCUGGAAAUAUGAUUGUCGUCUUGUGGCUGACUGUGGCCCUGGCUGUGGUCGUGCACUGGCUCUAUCGGGUCAACAAGGACUACUAUAUAAUGGCCUUUUUCUCGCGGCGAGUCCGCACGAAGGAUGGCAGACCCGUGGAGAGCAUUGUGCCCGUGCCCAAAGGUCGCACAAUCUUCGCCAAUUGCUUCGAUAUGUACGGGAAAGAUCACGCUGGCGUGUUCAGCUACUCUCGCGAGCUGUCCAAGAGAAUGGGCGAAAGCUUUCUGCAGUAUGGCAUGGGGGUGCCUAUACUCAACAUUAUCGAUGCGGAGACCGCCGAGAAUGUACUCAAUCAUCCAAAGCUUAUAACCAAGGGAAUGGUGUACGACUUUCUGCAGCCGGCACUGAGAACUGGCCUCCUGACAUCCACAGAAAAGAAAUGGCACUCCCGUCGCAAGAUGCUGACACCCACAUUCCAUUUCAACAUACUAGGACAGUUCCAGGAGAUCUUUAGAACGGAAAGUCUCAAGUUUGUGCAGCAAUUUCAAGACCAAGACGAGAGCAUCGUCUCCCUGAGCGAUCUUAUUCCCAGAUUUACUCUGAACAGCAUUUGCGAGACUGCAAUGGGCGUGAAGCUGGAUGAAAUGGCCGAGAAGGGUGACAAAUACCGCGCGGGCAUUCACAUGAUCGAAAUGAGUUUUAUCCGUCGCUUGAGUAAUCCCCUCCUGUGGAACAAAACAAUAUACAAUUGGUUUGCUGCCAAGACAUACGAUUCGUUCCUCCAAGUGGUCCACGGCUUUUCCAGCGAGAUUAUUGCCAAACGGAGAAUACUCCUGGAAGAGGAACUGGAACAUAGGAGAGCUACGCAGACGGCAGAUGAUGACAUUUUUGUGACCAGGAAGAAGCGUUUUGCAAUGCUGGACACCUUGAUUUGUGCCGAGAAGGAUGGCCUCAUCGAUCAUGCUGGGAUAUGCGAGGAGGUGGACACUCUGAUGUUUGAGGGAUACGACACCACUUCCAUUGGUUUAAUCUUCAGCCUGAUGAACAUGUCCCUGUAUCCCGACAAGCAGGAGCUGUGCUUCAAGGAGAUCGAAGAGCACAUAGACGACAACUUUGACAAUCUGGACAACAAUCAGCUAAACAAACUGAAGUACCUGGAAUACUUUAUUAAGGAAACAAUGAGGCUGUUCCCCUCCGUUCCAAUCAUGGCUCGUCAGACUACUCAGGAGACGGAGCUGGCCAAUGGCCUCAUCCUUCCCGAGCGCUCCCAAAUCACAAUUCACGUCUUUGAUGUUCAUCGCAAUCCCAAGUACUGGGACUCUCCAGAUGAGUUCCGCCCGGAGCGUUUCUUGCCCGAGAACUGCCAGAAUCGUCAUACCUACGCUUACAUUCCCUUCAGUGCGGGCCAACGGAAUUGUAUUGGUCAAAAGUUUGCCAUGCAAGAGAUGAAAACUCUGAUUGUUGUCCUACUCAAGCAGUUCCGAAUUCUGCCACAGAUCGAUCCCAAAACAAUAGUUUUUAAUAUUGGAAUUACACUGCGGACACAGAACAACAUUAAAGUGAAGCUUGUGAGGCGAAAGUGAUGCGAAGUUUGCCUUUGUUAUAGGCUUUGGAUAAGAGUAGUAAAACAGCUGAUCAGCAUUAUAUAUGUACAUAAGAAAGCCUGCACUGAGUUAAUAAAUCAAACUUAUUGUAAA